AAAAACUGAGUUAUCCUAAAGAAAAAUAUUAAAUAACAAUACAGGUGGCAAAUGGAUUUGGCAAAGUUUUCUACUUUGGGGAAUGGGAAUAAAAAAUAGGGGAAAUGCUGAGCUAGGGAACCAAGGUGAGUAGGGCGCAAUGUACCCUCUGGACCCAUCGUGAACCUACAGAGAUAAACCUAUGAUGACCAAUCAGUGUGGAAACUACUGUCAAAAAGAUAUGGGCAGGGUGCUUUGGGCUUACAGAGAAGAGGUGCAGAAAUCAACUUGGUGGUAGUGAGAAGAUCAAGAAAUGCUCCCUGGAAUUGAUUAUUAAGGAUUGGUAGGCAUUAGGUGGUUGCAGAAUAAGGUUUGUUUAGGAAUGACAAGCAGUUGGGUAUGACUGGCUUCUAGGUUGGUUUUCAUGGAGUGACUGGAGAUAAAAGCAGGAACGGGAUUGCAAAAGGCCUUCUAUGCUAUAGUAGGAAGUUUGGACUUCAUUCUGAAGAUGUAGGGAAGCUAUUGAAUAACUUUAAGCAGUAAAAUGUUAUGAUCAGAGUUUUAGAGGAUGUCAAGAUUGAAGGCAAGUCACCAGUUAGGAGACUGCUUGUUAAGUUCAGAGGAGAAAAGAUGAAGCUACAACUAAGGCCGUGGCACUGGGCAUGAAGAGGUGUAUGUGUGCUAAUUUUGGAAAUCUUAGUGGAGUAGAAAUGACAAGACUUUGUGGUCAGUUGGAUAGGAAUGUUGACAGAUACUGGGGAGUCUAGAUUGACCCCCAGAUUUCUAGUUUAGGUACCAGGUGGCAUGUAGAGUAAUUAACUGAUAGCAUACAGAAAGAGGCAAGAACUUGGUUUCAUUUGUGUUUUGAGGAAAAAGAUGUUAGUUUUUGAGCUUACUGAAUCUGAGAGGCUUGUGGGACAUCUUGAUUAAGAUCCAGUAGCAGUUGACAGGGAGGGUCUGGAAGUCACGAGACACAACCCAGCCAGGAGAGAUUCGAGAGUCUUCAGCAUUCCGACUUCUCAGCCAUUGUUUGCUAUGGUGCAGUAUGAGAUAAUUUAAAGUGGUACAUAGAUAAACACUUGAAAGUUUUUUAAUAGUGAGAAAUGUAAUGUGUAUGGAAAACAUAAGUUGUACGUUAGACCUAUGAUAUCAUGGAUAUUAUCACUUAGGCCAAGUGAGCCCAAUAAAAGAGAAAUAUUAAGUAAGUAAAAAUACAUGUGAUAUGUGGAAAUGGCAGAAAUCAUGGUGAAACUAUGCAAAUGAUGGAAGUUCAGAAAGUGCUGUUUUAAGCCAUAAGUGUGGUGGAUAAGGUCACCCAAAGAGAGAGUAAGUGCGAAAAGAAAAGAGAGUUGACAUUUGGGUGGCGGGGAAUGGAGAAGAAGAACCCAUGGAGACUGAGGAAGAGCAGCCAGAAGAAUAGGAGGAGAACCAGGAGAAGAUGGUCUUUGGAGUCCAAAUGAAGAGUUCUGAGGAGGAGGAAGUGGUCAACAGCGUCAAGAUGGUGCACCAUGGAUGAUUUUGCCCUGGGAGAUUUCACUGUAGCAGAUUAUGGCCUGUUAGAAGAUUGCCCUUAUGUGGACGAUUGUGUCUUUGCUCCUAAAUUUAUGUCCAGCGAUUACGUUCGUGUGACUGAACUUUACUGCGAUGGAGUGGGUAGACAGUAUAAAGAUUAUACCCAAAGUGAGAGAAACUUAGAAUUUGACAUCUGCAACAUGUGGUGUAGUAAACCAAUUUCUGUCCUGCAAGAUUACUGUGAUGCCAUUAAAAUACAUGUCUUCUGGCCACUUCUGUUUCAACGUCAGCAUAGUUCUGUAAUAUCACGGCUGCACCCCUGUGUGGAGGCCACCACUUCUCAUACUUCUGAGAUAAGUUUGAAGAAAUUACAACAUCUUGAGUUGAUGGAAGAUAUUGUGGAUUUGGCAAAGAAAGUUGUGAAUGAUUCAUUCUUUAUUGGAGGCUUAUUGAGAAUUGGUUAUAAAAUAGAAAACAAAAUCUUGGCAAUGGAAGAAGCUUUGAAUUGGGUGAAAUACACAGGAGAUGUAACAAUUCUACCUAAAUUAGGAGCAGUUGACAAUUGUUGGCCUAUGUUGAGUAUUUUCUUUACUGAAUACAAAUAUCACAUAACUAAAGUUGUAACAGAAAACUGCAAUUUGCUUGAAGAAUUUAAAACUCAAAAUUGUGCGGAGUGUAUAGAGCAAGGAGAACUAAUGAAAAUGAAAGGAAAUGAAGAGUUUUCCAAAGAAAGAUUUGAUAUAGCUAUUAUCUAUUACACCAGAGCCAUUGAAUAUAGACCUGAAAAUCACCUCCUUUAUGGUAACCGAGCUCUUUGUUUUCUUCGCACCGGACAGUUUAGAAAUGCACUCGGUGAUGGAAAGAGAGCCAUUAUUCUGAAGAAUAAUUGGACAAAGGGUCAUUAUCGUUAUUGUGCUGCUCUUUCUAUGCUGGGGGAGUAUGACUGGGCCCUACAAGCAAACAUAAAAGCUCAAAAACUCUGUAAAAAUGACCCUGAGGGAAUCCAGGAUCUAAUUCAGCAGCAUGUAAAGUUACAAAAACAAAUAGAAGACCUGCAAGGUCGAACACCAGCCAGGAAUUCAAUUAAAGCCUUUUAUGAAAGCAGGGCCUACAUACCUAGUUUAUCAGCACCUGCGUUUAGUACUUCACUUAACUUUGUGGAGACUGAAAAAGAUUCCAGAAAAACUAACCACGAAAUGGCAAACGGUGGUAACCAGAAUCCAAAGGUGGUAGAUGAGGCUCUGAAGGUAGAUGAUUGUGACUGUCAUCCUGAAUUUCUUCCACCAUCAGGUCAGCCUCCAAAAUAUAAAGGAAAACAAAAAUCCCGAAACAAUGAAUUGGAGAAGUUCAGUUCUAGUUCACAAGGGAGUUUAUCAGUAGAUUUGAAAAACAUCUUGGAGAAGCAGUUUUCUAAAUCUUCCAGAGCUGCACACCAGGAUUUUGCUAAUAUAAUGAAAAUGCUGAGAAGCUUAAUCCAGGAUGGUUACACGGCUUUGCUGGAGCAGCGCUGCCGCAGUGCUGCACAAGCCUUCACGGAGUUGCUCAACGGUUUAGAUCCUCAAAAAAUAAAGCAAUUGAACCUGGCCAUGAUUAACUAUGUCUUAGUAGUCUACGGACUUGCCAUUUCUCUCCUUGGAAUAGGACAGCCUGAGGAAUUAUCUGAAGCUGAAAACCAAUUUAAGAGGAUGAUUGAACACUACCCCAAUGAGGGCCUUGAUUGCUUGGCCUAUUGUGGAAUCGGGAAAGUAUAUUUAAAAAAAAACAGAUUUCUAGAAGCUCUUAAUCACUUUGAGAAAGCAAGAACCUUGAUUUGUCGUCUUCCUGGAGUGUUAACUUGGCCCACAAGUAAUGUGAUUAUUGAGGAAACUCAGCCAGGGAAAAUAAAGGUGCUGUUAGAGAAGUUUAUUGAAGAAUGCAGGUUCCCUCCAGUGCCAGAUGCCAUUUGUUGCUAUCAGAAGUGCCAUGGAUAUUCCAAAAUCCAGAUAUACAUAACUGACCCAGACUUUAAGGGUUUUAUACGUAUCAGCUGUUGCCAGUACUGUAAAAUAGAAUUUCACAUGAACUGUUGGAAGAAGUUAAAAACAACAACCUUUAAUGAUAAAAUUGACAAGGAUUUUCUACAAGGAAUUUGUCUUACCCCUGACUGUGAAGGUAUCAUUUCUAAGAUUAUCAUCUUCAGCAGUGGUGGUCAAGUCAAAUGUGAAUUUGAACACAAGGUCGUAAAAGAAAAGGUUCCUCCAAGACCUAUUCUGAAACAGAAAUGUUCUAGCCUAGAGAAGCUAAGACUGAAAGAAGACAAAAAAUUAAAGAGAAAGAUCCAAAAAAAAGAAGCAAAAAAAUUAGCGCAAGAAAGAAUGGAAGAAGACUUAAGGGAAAGUAGUCCACCCAAAACUGAAGAGCAGAAAGAAACUGUAGACAGUGUUCAGAGUUGCCAGUUCCUUGAUGACAGAAUUCUGCAGUGCAUAAAGCAGUAUGCUGACAAGAUUAAAUCUGGUAUACUGGAUACCUCCAAGCUUCUCAAGGAAUUGCUUUCUUGGAAGGUUUUAAGCACAGAAGACUACACAACCUGUUUUUCUAGCAGAAAUUUUCUAAAUGAAGCAGUGGACUAUAUCAUUCGUCACUUGAUUCAAGAAAAGAAUAGAGUAAAAACAAGGAUAUUUCUGCAUGUUUUGAGUGAGCUUAAAGAAGUGGAGCCAAAAUUAGCCACCUGGAUCCAGAAACUUAAUAGCUUUGGCUUAGAUGCCACAGGACCUUUUUUUUCUCGUUAUGGAGCGUCUCUUAAGGAGCUUGAUUUUAGCAUCAUGACUUUUCUCUGGAAUGAGAAAUACGAACAUAAACUAGGCUCCAUAGAAGGAAAGCAACUUGAUUAUUUCUAUGAGCCAACAUCAUUGAAGGACGCACGAUGUUUAAUAUGGCUGCUAGAAGAGCACAGGGACAAGUUCCCAGCGUUGCAUAAUGCUUUGGAUGAAUUCUUUGAUAUAAUGGACAGCCGCUGCACUGUGUUAAGGAAACAGGACAGUGGUGAUGUGCCGUUCAAUUCUACCAAGAUAAAAAACAAAGGCAAGAAAAAGAAGCCAAAAGAUUCAAAGCCUAUGUUAGUUGGGUCUGGAACAACUUCAGUAACACCAAACAGUGAGACCAUUACUUCAGGUGAAGACCAUAACAGACGCAAUUCAAAUUCUGCAGGCCCAUUUGUGGUACCUGACCAUCUUCGGCAAGACGUAGAAGAAUUUGAAGCCCUCUAUGAACAGCACGGUAAUGAAUAUGUUGUCCGUAAUAAGAAGCUGUGGGACAUUAACCCCAAACAAAAAUGUUCAACGCUGUAUGAUUAUUUCUCUCAGUUAUUGGAGGAACAUGGUCCCUUGGACAUGGGUAACAAGAUGUUCUCUGAAGAAUAUGAGUUCUUCCCAGAAGAAACUCGACAGAUACUAGAAAAAGCCGGAGGUUUGAAAUCUUUUCUCCUGGGAUGUCCUCGUUUUGUUGUGAUUGACAACUGUAUUGCAUUGAAGAAAGUUGCAUUACGACUCAAGAAAAAGAGAAAGAAGAAAAACAUUAAGACGAAAGUAGAAGAAAUUUCAAAAACAGGAGAGUAUUUGCGAGUUAAACUACCACUGAAUCCAACCACUAGGGAAUUUAAACCAGAUGUAAAGUCCAAACUAGUGUCUGAUUUAUCUUCACCAUCACCUUCUGAGGAUGUACAGCCCAAACCCGUAUCUGCUGAUUCUCCCAAACCAGCCUGUGAAGCCGAGAAACCGAAACCAACAUCUGAUAAUUCUUCCAGAUCAGUUUCUGAGGAUGAGCAGCCCAGAGGGGUCUCUUCUGAUUCUCCCAAACAAGUCUCUGAGGAUGCAAGUCACGAGCAAGUCUCCUCUGAUCCUCCCAAACUAGUUCCUGAGGAUGUGAAACCAACCUAUUGGACUCAACCCCAUUUGGUGACAGGAUACUGUACAUAUCUUCCCUUUCAGGGAUUUGACAUCACCCAGACACUGCCAACAUAUAUAAACACGUUACCGAGCUUGCCCCAGUACACUGACAUUUACACACCUCUGGCCAACGUUUCCUCUGAAUUUCCGCUGCAAAGAUCGUUACCAGUGGUGCCGUCUUUUGUAGCCGAUGACCAACCAGAUAAAAGUGCUGCUGCACAUUUUGAGGGUCAUCAUUUGAAUGCUGAGAAUGCCCCUGGUAACCAGAUCGCCUCUGAAACACAGAGCCUUCAAGACUCUGUGGAAAUAUUGGUGAAGUCACAGUGCAGCAUGGAUGGUGCUGAUACAGCCCAAAGUGAGUCUAUCAGAAAUGAUGGUCACUGUGGAGAUUCUGCCAAGUGGGAAGUAGAUCCAGAAAGUACCGAUGAAGUAACAAAUAUUCCGCACACACAAAUGGUUGCCAUACAGGUGUCUUGGAAUAUAACACAUCAAGAAGUCAAUACUGAGCCGUAUGAUCCUUUUGAGGCACAACAGGGGGAUAUUUCACAGAUUGAAAAGGAGUACCAAGUUUUACAAGAGCAGCUUAAGGAAGCGUGUGAAAAUUAUGAGCAGAGAAAACUCAAAGGCUCAGAAGAGACCAGGGACCUGGAAGAAAAAUUGAAAAGGAACUUAGAAGAAAACAAGAUCUCAAAGACAGAAUUAGAUUGGUUCCUCGAAGAUUUGGAAAAGGAAAUUAAAAAAUGGCAACAGGAGAAAAAAGAAAUCCAAGAAAGACUCAAAACACUGAAGAAGAAAAUGAAAAAGGUUUUAAAUGCCAGUGAAAUGUAUACCCAGAAAAAUGACGGAGAGGAUAAGGAAUAUGAAUUACUUCUGGAUCAGUCCCCUAAAAUCAGUAAUACAUUUACAAAUGAGAAAAUGAAAAUGGAAGAGUGUAUAAAGAAAGGGAAAGAGUGUUAUGAAGAGAGUCUUCAAAGAGCUGUGGCUGCAGAGGUAUCUGUGCUUGAAAACUGGAAGGAGACGGAGGUGUAUAAGUUACAGAUCAUGGAAUCACAAGCAGAAGGGUAUCUUAAGAACCUGAAGCUAAUGAGCAGUGAUUCUGCAGCAUAUCCUGACAUGGAGUCGGACAUACAUUCAUGGGAAUCAUUUCUUUCUAAUGUUAGAAAAGAAAUUGAGAAAGCAAAGUCUCAGUUUGAAGAACAAAUUCAAGCAAUUAAAAAUGGUUCUCAGCUCAGUGAAGUUUCUAAAGUGCAGAUUUCUGACCUUUCAUUUCCUGCCUGUAGCACAAUUCAUCCCAGGUCACUUCCUGAGUCUGUAGGCCAUGAUGAUCAAGGUCCCUUGACUUCUACGAGUCACGGGACUGGAAGGCAAACAACAGUUCCCAAGGAUUCAGGUCUGGCCUCUGCCAGGGACUGCCCAGUGGGGGCUCCCUCUCCACCGCUGCCAGGAUCACUCUCCGGUCUGCUGGAAGUCGCCUGGCUCCCAGAGCGUAGGAGCACUGGCCAGGCAUCUCAGUCAAAACAAAGCCUCGUGGCUGAUCAGCAACUGCCUGUUGCUCCAGGACGUGCUACUCGCUCAAGCCAGUCUCCAAAAAAGCCGUUCAAUAGUAUUAUCGAGCACAUGUCAGUGGUAUUCCCAUGUUACAACAGCACUGAGCUUGCCGGUUUGAUUAAAAAAGUGCGAAACAAAAACAAGAACUCACUCUCAGGAUUGAGUCUUGAUGAAAUUGUCCAAAGAGUGACAGAACACAUUCUAGACGAACAGAGAAAGCCAAAUCCAGGAAAGGACGAGAGGCCAUCUGAGCCCAGCUCUGCUGCUUCUGUGACCAGGGCCUCCCAGGGCCCAUCCUCCGUGAUCACUGGACCAUCACCCAGAACCAAGGGGCAGAAGACAGAAGAUGUCCCUGCAUUGGUUGCAAAUUCCUGUGAAAUAUGCCAUGAGGUAUUCAGAUCCAAAAAUGUGCGUGUGCUAAAAUGUGGGCACAAGUUUCACAAAGGGUGUUGUAAGCAAUGGCUUAAAGGGCAGAGUGCUUGCCCAGCCUGCCUUGACGGUGAUCUCCCGUCAGAAGAGUAGCCUCCACCUUCUGGAAGAGGCCAGCCUGCUGUUCUAGCUAGUCACAGUUCGCUGAAGAGCAAUUUACUGCUUUGUUGAAUUGGAAGAAUACAGUGUACUGCCUUGGGUAUAAAAGGCAAACAUUUGAAGAUUGUUUGCACUGCGGGUCACCGUGCUAGUAAAUGGCAAUCUUUAAUAUAGUUGAUAGUAAUUUCCCCACUCUGGUUAAACGCUUUGAUAAUAGCCAAAUGGUGGCUAAUAAAAUUAAGUGUAACCACAUUCUUGUAUUGUUGAGGCUGCUACAGAGGUGCUCUCUGAGACAGAAGGCUUUUAGAAAGUAUUGUGAGCGCCUCAAACCAAUACUUGAAUUAUAAGUAUUCUUGACCUAUUAAAGUGCCCCAGGUUAAAAUUUUUAUGAGUCAGUGUUCCUAAAAAUAUGCCUACAUUUUUCCUCAAAGAUUCUGCAUUUUAAAAGUGGGCUUAAGCACACUACAUUUUAAUAAUCUGUAGUUAGUGUUAAAAUACUGGCUGAUUUAGACCAAAAGAUUCAAAUCUCCUUUUCUUGAAACACCAUGUGAUUUUGAUUUUUCAUGUCAUUAUUUUAUUCCCCCUAGUAGAUGGGUAAAGUGCUUAUUUUUCAUCUUCUAAAGAUAUAAUCUGAUUUUUGAAAAUCGAGUACGAAACACUUUAUUAGUAUCAGCCAAGCCUUUUUUUACCCCUACAAUGGAGGUUGCGUAUUCAUCAUCCCAGCCCCACAGUUGGAACUUACUCUUUGAAUACCUUACUAUUCCAUCAGUGGCAUUUGUCAUUCAUCAUGAGUUAGACAACGAGUGUUUGGGUGUCUCUGUAACACACAACAGGCACUGUGGGGAGAGUCACCACCAUCCCCCUUCCUUCUUCCACCCCCAAAAAGAGACAUUGUGUAAUUAGACAAUCCUGUGCUGUCCCUGUUACAGUCACUGUGUGUGACAUUUGUGUAAAGUGAUGCAUGCACUCCUGUACUGUGGCCUGAGAACAAAACUCUAACUGCAUUAGAAACUGUGAAAAAUUAGAUAUCCUUAGUGACUUUAUAGUGGUGAGUAUAGAAACAUGAAUUCCGGACACAUUCCAUUUCUCUCAAACAGGAAGGAUCAAAAAUGGUUUUCCAGUGUGUUCUUUGUUCCCUGGAAGCUCAGUCCCAUGUUCAUGAGCUGAUUUGGUCGCCUUCCUCUGCCUUGGUUCCCUGUGAGUUUUGAUGUCUUAGUGACUUAGUCCACAGAAGCUCACUCCAUAUUUUGAAGCAGAUUCUCCAUGCAGGUCCCUAAAACAUUGUCUGCAUGUUCAUAAUAACUGAGAACUGUAGCUACUAAGAUACAUAGGAGGGACCAGCUUGUAGCAGCAGGUACAGAGGAAAAGAGCAGCUGGAGAGUGCGAGAAUGUGUUUUGUACAUAACUUCAAAUACUUGUGAACAUGCUUUACACAUGUCCUGUAAGUGUCAAAAUAAAGAGCAUUCUAAAAUAA